CCUUCACACAUCACAAUGUCUACCGAGCAGAUCCCCGAGAAGUUCUCUGGCUGGUUGGGCCACGAGCCUGAGGCCGCCAAGGGCAAGAUGGUCUGGGGCGAGUUCGAGCCCAAGACCUUCGAGGAGACCGACGUCGACAUCAAGAUCUCCCACUGCGGUAUCUGCGGUUCCGACAUCCACAUGCUCAGCUCCGGCUGGGGCCCUACUCCCUACCCCUGCUGCGUCGGCCACGAGAUUGUCGGCAAGGCUGUCCGUGUUGGCAAGGAGGUCAAGAACAUCAAGGUCGGCGACCGCGUCGGUGUCGGUGCCCAGGCUCAGUCCUGCCUUGAGUGUGUUGACUGCAAGAACGGCAACAUGACCUACUGCAAGAAGGCCGUCAACACCUACGGCUCCAUCUACCCCAACCAGAAGGACAAGUCAUACGGUGGUUACUCCAACUACAACCGUACCCACGGUGCCUUCGUCGUCAAGAUCCCCGAGAAGAUCGAGUCUGCAGACGCUGCUCCCAUGCUCUGCGGUGGUGUCACCGUCUACUCUCCCCUCGUCCGCAACGGCUGUGGUCCCGGCAAGACUGUCGGUAUCGUCGGUGUUGGUGGUCUUGGUCACUUCGGUGUCCUCUUCGCCAAGGCUCUCGGUGCUGACCGCGUUGUUGGUAUCUCCCGCAAGAACGACAAGCGUGACGACGUCCUCAAGCUCGGUGCCGACAAGUACAUCGCCACUGGUGAGGACAAGGACUGGGCCGCUGAGAACGCCCGUACUCUUGACUUGAUCAUCUGCACCGUCUCAUCCGAGAAGAUGCCCAUGACUGAGUACCUCUCCCUCCUCAAGGUCGGCGGUACCUUCAUCCAGGUCGGUGCUCCCGACGGUGGCAACCUCCCUCCUAUCAACGCCUUCACCCUCAUUGCCAACGGCAUCAAGGUUGGUGGCUCUCUCAUCGGUACUCCUCAGGAGAUCGAGGAGAUGCUUCAGCUCGCCGCCGACAAGGGUAUCAAGCCUUGGAUCGAGGUUCGUCCCAUGAAGGAGGCUAACCAGGCCAUCAUCGACUUCGAGAAGGGUCUUCCCCGCUACAGAUUCGUCCUGGAGAACUAAGCGUCUUCUAACGAGGACAUCUUUUGCUUGGAAGCUUGCUUGUUUUGGAAAAAGGGCAUUAUGAACAAGCCCCAUUUAUGAAUACCCCCAUAGACUUAUAGACUGUAGACGCUACGAAUUGCAUUUGCUCUCAAACAAUCUUUUUCAACUUGAUCAGAUUUCUGGAAGCGGGUUGCUAUCAUUGACGCGCAAAGAAGUCGCGCAGACUUGGGAAGAACAAAGAUUCGCUGUUGUGAAGCCCGAUGGGUUCUCGCUCUGUGUCAUACCACUAUGCCUACUGACUGAAGGCACAGUCGAGUCCAUACUCUAUGAGUGACCAAAGAAGCACAUGAAGCGCGUGCCAAAU